UAGUAACUCAGCAGUCAGAUAGCAAAUUGAACCAAAAAAAACUAACAUACAAAAUUUUAAAUUCUUGAAUGUUUCUUCGUCAAAAUUUCGGUGUGAAAAAUUUGGUUUAGCGGUUAGACUAGGAAAUGGCGAAUUAUUGUUGUCGUUUGUGGGCGCGUCAAAUGUGCAUGAUUAUGCGUCAGAAUUUCGCGAAAAGUUGCGAACAGAAACUGAACGAUCAGAUCAAUAUGGAGCUAAAGGCAUGCCAUCAAUAUUUGGCCAUGGCGUUUCACUUUGAUCGCGCCGAUGUCAGUUCGCCGGGCUUGCAUAGCUUCUUGCUGAAGGCCAGCGGCGAGGAGCGUGAGCAUGCCGAGAAGAUAAUGAAGUAUAUGAAUAAACGUGGCGGUCAGAUUGUGCUCAGUGCGGUGCCAGAGCCGUUGCCUUGCUUCCAGGAUAGUUUGGCCGCCUUGAAGCAUGCGUUGCAAAUGGAGCUGGAGGUGAAUCAACAUCUGUUGGAUGUCCACGCGUUAGCCAGCAAGGAGAACGAUCCCAAUCUCUGUGAUUUCAUUGAGGCGAACUUUCUGCAGGAGCAAGUCGAUGGCCAAAAGGUCUUGGCCGAUCUCAUACGCCAGCUGGAGCGUGCCCACGAUGAUCUUGGUGAUUAUUUGUUCGACAAGUAUUUAAUUAACGGUGGCAUGCAUGGUGGCAAAUAGCGGAGAGAACAAACCAGAACAGAACAGAACAGAAUAGAACAGAGCGCAGCAUUUUGAUUUGUCUUUCGCAUAUUUUGUUUAGACUAAAACUUGUACUACUCACACACACUCACGGUUAUCAGGCGGAGCGAGUUGUCUAAAAAUAAACGCACUCUUAUCAAUUAGUACUAUACGAAUACAUGACUGCAUAGCACUUGGCUUUUGACAGGCGAAUACCCCCUUUUAAUGAAAGGCACUUCGGCAAACGCGAAAUGUGAAUCGCGAUUGUCAUGCUGUCAGGAGAUCAACUGGUCAACUGGUCAAAUGAUCGACUUAUCAGCUGAUGCAAAGCUC